UUGCCGAACAAGAAAUCGCCCCGUGAGCCUUUGCGCCUUUCUCUUUGCUGUCGGCGCCUUCGGGUAGCGAUGGGUAUCUCCAGGGACAACUGGCACAAGCGCCGCAAGACUGGGGGAAAGCGAAAGCCCUAUCAUAAAAAGAGGAAGUAUGAGUUGGGCCGACCCCCUGCUAAUACCAAAAUCGGUCCUAGAAGAAUUCACACAGUAAGGGUGCGUGGUGGAAAUAAAAAAUACCGUGCUCUGCGCCUGGAUGUUGGAAACUUCUCUUGGGGAUCUGAAUGCUGUACCCGCAAAACUAGAAUCAUUGAUGUGGUGUACAAUGCAUCAAACAAUGAAUUGGUGCGCACAAAGACCCUGGUCAAAAACUGCAUUGUACUCAUUGACAGCACACCAUACCGGCAGUGGUAUGAAUCCCACUACGCCUUGCCCCUUGGGCGCAAGAAAGGUGCCAAGCUGACACCUGAGGAAGAAGAAAUCUUAAACAAAAAGCGUUCAAAGAAAAUUCAGAAGAAGUAUGAUGAACGGAAAAAGAACGCAAAGAUCAGUAGCCUUCUGGAAGAGCAAUUCCAGCAAGGGAAACUACUUGCUUGCAUUGCCUCCAGACCUGGACAGUGUGGCCGAGCAGAUGGCUAUCUUCUGGAAGGCAAGGAAUUAGAAUUCUACCUGAGGAAGAUCAAGGCCAGGAAAGGCAAAUGAACAGUUGCUGCACCUAACAAACUAAAUAAAUAUCCCAGAGUCUUGUUAAAAA